UGUGAUUAGAACCAACUGAAGCCAUGUCUCGAUUUAUUCCUGAAGGCAAGAGUGAUAUGAAGGCACUGGAGCAGAGCGAAGCUCUGGCGUCUGCGAAAUAUGAAUCGGAAGAGAAGGAAAAGGAAGCUGUCUCACUCUAUGAACAGAUGAGACGAAACCAUAUCAUCAAGGAAAAGGAAUUCCAAGAGAAGGUGAAACAGAGAAACCAACUCAACAAGAUCGGCGAGAGGGAGCUCAGGUUUUACCAAGAGUUGGAGAAGAAGAAAGAGGAGAAAGAAUUAUCAAAGAAACGUGAGAUUGAAGGAGAGCUCUCACGAUUUGAAAGCCUAAAGAAGUCCAAACUACAGGAAAGCAAAUCUAACAGUGUUGCAAAGCUCAACCUUUCAAAGACCACCUCUAUAAAGAAGAAAGUCACAGUGAAACCGAAGAUAACAAAGACGAAGGAAAGCAUUGCUCAAAAUUCACCAAAAAAAGACUCAGAGCAACGAGGGGUGAACAUCAAGCAAAGCAGAGCAAGUAGACUUGUAACAGGCUACUCAUCAUCCUCAGAAGAGGAGGAUUAGAAAUACAGUGGUGAUGUGUGGAUCAUAUGGCCAAAAAUGUGUCUAAAUAUCCUAAAUAGGAAAUUACCGCAUACGGCAACAACGUUCGUCGGUCGGGCAAAAAAAAAAGAAGCGAACUCUGGAACUUCCUUCAUUGAUACUCAAACGGUUUAACAUUUACGAACUAAUCAAACCAUGUUGGGCCUUACUUCCCUUUCGCGCCCCUUCAUCCAGUUCUCGAGCUCUGUGAUAAGGCAAACGGUUCCAGCCGGAAUCUUUGUUAGAACGAUAAUGAAGACUCACAAAGGUGCUGCAAAGAGAUGGAGAAAAACUGCCAAUGGCUUCAAGAGAGGCCAGGCUGCAAGAAACCAUGGUAAUACCGGCUGGAGCUCUGGUGUUCUGAAAGGUGAUGGUUCUAAAGUGAUGAGCACAAAGGAGCAGACCAAGAGACUCAAAAAA